AUGUAUAAACAUUCUGAUAAGAAAAGAAGAAAAAUAAGCAACAACAUUGAAAACAAGGAGAAAGAAAAUCAUUUGUUAAAUGUUACAGAAGAUGAGAAAUCGUUAAAUAAUGAAAAGAUAAAAAACAUUCCAAAUGAAAAAAAAAACUUGAAAAAAAAGAAUAAUAAAAAAAGAAAAAAUACUUCAAAACCUGAAAAUGAAGUACAACAUAAAAAAGAGGAAAUUGAAAAUAAUAAUUCAAAAAAAAAAAUGUUUGAUAGGAAUAAUUCAAAAAAUAAAGAAAAAAAAAAAAAAGAUAAUGUAAACAAUGAAACCAAUAUAAAAAUUAAAAAUAAAGAAAAUGACAAAGAUAUUAGAACAAAUGAAAAUGAAACAAAAUAUGACAAAAAAAUUAUAAAAGAUAAAGAAAUUAUUAAAAGAGAAGAUAAAAUGAAUAAUGAGGAAAAAAAGCCUAAACAUUAUUUAAUUAAAAGUUCACAAGACAAGAGCUUAUUAUUAAACAAUAUAUCUUCAUUAGAAGAAAAUAAAUUGUAUGUUAAAAAUUUAACUGAAGAUAUAAAAAAAGAAGAUUUAGAAAUUUUUUUUUCAAAAAUUUCAGGUUAUGUAGAUACAAGAAUAAUUUAUGAUUGUAAAGGUAAAUCUAAAAAGUAUGCAUAUGUUGAAUUUGAUAAUAAUGAAAAUGUAAAAAAUUUUUUAAAUACUUUAGAAAACAGCAAUGUUGAAAAUUUUAAAAAAUUUAAUAUAAAAGAUGUAGAUCUUUUUACAUGCAUUUCAAACCCACAAAAAUCAUUAUAUGAAGAAAAUAAAGUUUUUAUUAAAUUUAAAAAAUGUAAUAUUGAAAAUGAUUUAGAUAUAAAGGAAGAAAUAUCAAAAUUUUUUUCUAGUCAUUCAAUCCCUGUUAGGGAUAUAAGACUUCUUGGUAACAGUACAAACAAACAUGGUUAUAUUGAAUUAGAAAAUAAUGACGACGUUAUUAAAUGUGUUGAAACUAUUAAAUUGUAUGAAUCAGAAAAUAUGGAUUUUAAUUUAAACUAUUCUAUACCUAUAAUCAAAAAAAAAAUUUUACUAGAUUUAGAGAAAAUAAAAUUAAAUAAAGAGAAAACGAAAAAAUUAAAAGAAGAGAAAAAAAAAGAAGAAAAUAGUUGUACAAUUGUGGUAAAAAAUUUACAUUAUAAUACAAGAAAACACAAAUUACAAAGUUUUUUUGAGCAAAUUGGAGAAAUAGAAAACAUAUAUCUAAGUAAAAAAAUUUCAGAAAAUAAUAUAAAAAGAAAUAAGGGUUUUGCAUAUAUUACUUUUAAAAAUCCAAAUGAUGCAACAUCUUCUUUAAUACUUAAUGAUUCUAUUUUAGAUGGUAGAAAUAUUUUAAUAUCAAAAUUCCAAGAUAAUAAAAAUAAAAACUAUUCAGAAGUUAAGCGAAUAUCAGAUUUUGAUAAAAAUUCAUAUAUAGAUAGAAAAAAAAAUAAAAUAUAUGGAAACGAAAAUUAUUUUUAUGAAAAAAAAAGAAUAAAUUUAAGUAAAGACACUGAAAAUAUAGUAAAAGAAACUGAAAAAAGAUGUGAUCAUACAACUAGUUCUAUGACAAAUGAUGAUUUCAGAAAGCUUUUUUUAAAAUAA